AUGGACGAAUAUGAGCUGUUCAAUGUUAACAGGGCUGGUUCUACAGCAUCUGUGUUCAGCACAACAUCGAGUGUGACCUAUGAGUUCAAACUGGGCAAUGCAUUAGAAGCUGCUGCGCAGAGGUGUAUUGUACCUAUGAGGAUUAACAAGACAGCGGGUAAGUUGGAGGUGUUGGACGAGCUUGCAGACAGGAGCGUUAUCAACAAGACUUUUGCUCCCCGCGAAAGGGUCAUGCCACACAAUCCUGAUACGUUGGACGACCCGGAUAUUGAACAACUCCUCUUAACUGGGGGUGCACAACCGACAUAUAAAGAGGUUCCAGUAAAUGGAGAGAUAAUAAAUACCACGCUAGUUGUGCUAAAAAGCAGUAUCUCAAUCGCAGGUAGCGCCAACUAUUUUCGGCUGCAUGGGCAGGUGACAGACUGCAAGACAAUAAGGCAUGAUAAACCAGAAUUUAUAGAUGAUACGCUGCUAAUCACUACUGCCGAUAAUAUACUUUAUUCUGUGGUAUUUAACGACAAUCUUGAACCCCAAAUAGUUCAUUGGUGGGCACUUGCUAAACCCACGAAGGCAUUGACAUGGAAAAUCAUCAUCCACCCAGAGAAGGACCGAUUUAUGUUAUACGAGAAAGAAACUAGUGCAGUGAAAUUCUUUAAGCUUCAGAAUAGCUGCCCAUAUUACGUUGAGUUAGUUCGUAACAUGCAUAUGUUGAAUACUAAAAUUUUGGCUUGUUCAUACCUUUUUUCCAAAUCCGAAGUAAUUGUAUUCAUUAGCGGACUGAAAGCAUCAAGGAUUUACUACUACCUUGUAACCUGGCCAAUAGAUAGCGUUGGUAUUCCUGAAGUCCAUCAAUUUGUUGUUCCUGAUGGGAAAGUGCUCGAAGAUAUUAUUCCGUUGAAUAAUAACUACUGCCUGGCCAUUAGCAAGAAAACAGUGGACCUAUUUUCUGUCCACCAGCUUUUAACAUCAGAAAGUCACGGAAUUCCCUUAAUACUUGAGAAAUCGUUUGGUACUAUCACUCAUUUCGAGUAUGACGUUCAGAUACUGAGCAGGCUGCAGCAGUUGGACCCGGGAAAAUACCUUCCACUUACACGUGCUGUGAUAUUUUCCACCAGUAUCUACCUGCUUGGCUUGAUACUCGCAGAUGAUCGCGGCACAAUCAACUUUUAUGGACUAACCAGGUUCAAGGGUUUGAAAGGCUUUACCCUAGUGCCUUCCCAGCCACAAUCUGCAAAAGCUUAUAAACUACAGAUUAUAAGUUUUGGAAAGGUAUUUGAGAUAACGCUAGAUCUCUCUGGCAUUGCAAUCCUCGAUGACAGAGCCUAUGUGGAGUCUAUGUCAAAUAUUCUUAGAAGACACACCAAGGAUACCAGCUUUGCAUACGCGGAAGAGCUGAUCUCUUUCCGCGAUAAAACUCCUGCCAUUUCAGGUACAAUACAGGAAGAGUUAUGGUCUUGCUCAUCAUCCGUGCUGUCUAACAUAUCAACUAAUGGUCAUGUAGCCCAUUUUAAAAACAUAUUGUACCUGCGAGAAUUCCUGCGUUUUAACAGCAUAUGGACCAUAGGACUGGAUGCCGUUGCCGAAGAAGUGUAUACAAGACUUUGUGGCGAUGAUAGACGCUAUAAAGGUUAUUUGGUUAUUGGUUCUGAUGGGGCGACCAUAACCAGGGCGUUUGUACUUUAUUUUUCUUCCGAAGAAGACAUGGAAUGCGACGAAGUUGAUGGCAUCCUUAGCGACUUGGCUGGCGCCACGAUAUACUACUUCGUUACCAACAACUAUCUAGUCCAAGUGACAAAGCGUCAACUACUGUUAAGUUCGGUGAUUGACGAGAGGGACAGAUGGAAUCAUGAUUUGCCGUUUGUUGCAAAUGGGGCAUUGAGUUUGGGACCGACCGUCGUGUUUUGGGCGGGGACGCAAAUAUCUUAUAUCGAAAAUGUUGAGCUUAUGGGGAGAUCACAUGCAAUAGCGACCUUUGAUAUAGGUAACUCGCUGAGGUCUCAAGAAGCACUCUCACAUCUAGAUUUAAAUGGGUUGCUAGCAGAUGAGCUGUUUCAUAUUGAGAAGGUUUUACUCGAUGAACCCUCUGCCGAAUGGACGAUAAAGAUAAAUUGCCUGUUUCUGGUGUACAAGUUUAUGGCCAGUGACAGCGAGCCGACACUAGUCAGAUUGCAUUUGGAGUCAGCCUCGGCCAUUAUUUCCGAUACCUUGUUGAUAGACCGCCACACCAUAUUAUGCAGCGAUGCUACGGUUAUUACACCAAGUCACAAUUAUGAAAACGCACCAAGGGCAGUAAACACACAUAAGAUUAAAGGAUACUACAGUUUUGAGCCGUUCGGUGAAAGGGGCAUUCUCUGUUACAGCGCGUCCGAGAUAUUUCUUUAUGACUUAGAACAUAAACAGGAGAUCAAGCUCCCAGGCUGGAAAAAGAAUAACUCUAUCAUCCAAGUAUGUGCAAACCAACGGCACGUCCUUGUUCUAUUCAGCGAUGGCCUGGGAGUAUAUGAGAAUAGUUACCAGUCCUACACCGGUUCCAAUAUAGUCCUCAGCUCCACACACUGCGCUAAGCGUUUCAUCUAUAUUUCCAGUAUAAACCGCCUACUCAUCGUGACAUGCAAGAAAAAGAGCGUUGAAUGCAUGAAACUCGAGAGCCGGAAGCAAUGUAGGCUCGAAACGCAUGCCAUCUUUGCCGACGUUGAUGAGAUAUUGGAUGUGAAGCAGCUUGGUCAGGUGACAGCCGACGCAAGCCCGUCAUCUCCUGACAUAACGCUUGCUUUCAGCUGCCGGCUUAGAUGCAGCAGAACCAGCUAUAUUGUGAAGGUCGUCCUACUCAUACCCGCCCCCGGGCGGCUAACACUGCGGCUGCUCACUGCCACAGAGUUUCCGGAACUUGCAUGCGCAGGUGAGAUCCGCACCGGCACCGGAAACACCUUCUGGGUCGCCACAGAGACUGGCCUUGUGCAAUAUUCUCUACAAGAUAUGCCCGACUCCCCCCAGCUGGUCCUGCUACGCAUGUUUCCAAUGCCUUUGCUGCGCCAGUUCGAUACUGCCGCUACAUUCGCAGCCGCGCUCACGACAGACGGCCGACUGCACCUACUACUCCCAGAUGGCUCUGUCUGCGCCCAAGACCCACGCAACACUGCACGGCAUGACACCCUGCGCAUGCGCACCGAUGGCUCCGUACUCGCUUACACAGAGCCGCUGGCACACGGCGCUGGUGCCGCUGCCGCCGCCCUAGUCCUCUAUUACCGGGACUCCACAGAUCCAACGCGCCUGUGCCCCACCACACGCCUUGCGCUGUCCAAAACAGUAACGUCCAUCCAUCUAAUCUCAGAUGUCCGAGCCUACCUGCUGCAUUCCGAUGGCACUGUCGCGCCCGUUGAUAUCGAGCCGAGCUCAUCGGGCCCUUGCGUCGCGUCGCCUUCUCCGGCCAGUCCUCUGCAUCUUGCCUCGGCUCCUCCGCCUCCCACCAACAACAUAGGUAUCUGGGACAUCGAGUAUCGUCCUGUACUAUGA